AGCAGUAGAGAGAGAGAGUGCUGCGUUCUUCCAUGGCUGAUAGCUUUCAAACAAUUGAGGACCAUCGUCUUCAAACUGCUCUCCACCUUUUAGGAAUCAAUCAUUACGAACUCUCGUAAACCUCCUUCCAACACAACACUGCCAUUGAAAAACCAAAAAAUUAAAAGCCCAAUCAAAACCCUCACUUUCCCUUUUCCCUCCUUCGGCGGCAAUCGAUUGCAUAAAUUCUGCAUUCUUUUCCGCACGCCUACUCGAAAUCGCACAUGCUCGAGGCCAUUGUUUUUGCUCUCUCAGUUUUUUCUCAACACACACCUCAUGGCUAUCGAAUCCCCUUUGUUUUCAGGUCCACAUCUCCCCGCCCUAAGUUAAAGUCACAGGUCUCGCACCAAAGGUGUUCGACGAUUUGCCUGACUGAAAAUUUUCAAAGAAUUAAUUAGGGGAAAACGCCGCCGGUGAGUUUGUAGCCGGAUCUGGAGGGGAUUCCGGCGACUCAGAUCUUGUCGGCGGAGGAAGAGAUGGUGGCUGAGCCUUGGAUUGUGAAAAUGGGGAAUCAGGUGAGUAACAAUUUAAAACACGUUUUGUAUUUCGAGAAUUCCACAAAAUCUCUGCACAAAAAGGAGUUAUCUCGGCCUCGACAAGCCGUAGGAAUCCUGUCUUUCGAAGUUGCUAAUUUGAUGUCCAAAAUUAUAUAUUUGCACAAAUCUUUGAGCGAAUCCGAGAUCCACAGGCUGAAGAACGAUAUCCUGAAAUCCGAGGGAGUUAAACUCCUCGUGUCUGAUGACGAGAAGUUGCUUCUAGAACUUGCCCUGUCGGAGAAGCUAGAUGAUUUGAACAGUGUAGCUUCUGAGGUUUCUAGAUUGGGGAAGAAAUGCUCGAUUCCAGCACUGCAAGGAUUCGAACAUGUUUAUGGCGAUAUAGUUUCAGGGAUGAUUGACAUUACUGAAUUGGGAUUUUUGGUGAAGGAUAUGGAGAGUAUGGUUAAGAAAAUGGAGAGAUACGUAAAUUCGACGGCGAAUUUGUACGCUGAAAUGGAGGUUAUGAACGAAUUGGAAAUAGCCACGACGAAGUUCCAGCAGAACCAGCACGAGGAGAGCCGAAAAGCUUUCGAGCAGAAGCUCGUAUGGCAGAGGCAAGAUGUGCGGCAAUUGAAGGACGCGUCAUUGUGGAAUCAGAUGUACGAUAAAGUCGUCGAGCUGCUCGCAAGGACGGUCUGCACGGUUUAUGUUCGAUUGUACGUCGCGUUUGGCGACGCUUGUUUGAGCGGGAACAUAUCCGCCGUUGAAUUUAGUAGAAAUUCCCGGGGUUUGGCGAAAAACGGAGGUUCGAUUAAUGCCGAGGAUUUCGUGUCCGCGUGCGGCGGCGCGGGGCGCGGGAGGCUGUUAACGGAGUGUUGUAGUCUCGCGUCGAAAGUCGAUAACGAUGAUCGAGUAAGCUUCGACGGCCAAAGAAGUCAAUUUUCGAGCGAUUGUUUUAGCAGAUUUAUUCAAACGAUCAAUCGGGAUCCGUUUGGUGGCAAAAGAAUUGAUACCGGUUCGAGAUUCAGGCACAAAAGCCGGCUGCUCGUUUACGCCCCGGAAAACACAGUCGGAGGCUCGGCUUUAGCGCUGCACUACGCGAACAUUAUCAUCGUAUUGGAAAAACUUCUUGAAUACCCGCAUUUGGUGGGCGACGAGGCCCGCGACGAUGUGUAUCAGAUGCUCCCGACGAGCCUGAGGAAGAGCGUUAGAACGAGCUUGAAGUCGUACGCCAACAAUGUGGCGAUAUACGAUGCCCCUCUGGCGCACGGUUGGCAAGAAAGGCUCGGCGCGAUACUGAAAUGGCUUUCCCCGAUGGCGCACAAUAUGAUCAGAUGGCAGAGCGAGCGCAACUUCGAGCAGCAGCAGAUCGUGAAGAGGACGAACAUGCUUUUGCUUCAGACUUUGUAUUUUGCCGAUCGGGAAAAGACGGAGGCGGCGAUAUGCGAAGUGCUCGUCGGGCUUACCUACAUUUGUCGCUACGAGCAGCAGCAGAAUGCACUGCUGGACUGCGCGAGCAGUCUCGAUUUCGACGACUGCGUGGAUUGGCAAAUUCCGGUCGUCGACGCGUCGUUUCGGGGCCGGGGGUGAAUUUUUGAGCUCGAUUUUGUGAACUUACUUGUGUUUGGAUCGAUCGUAGAGAUGAAAGGUAUUUUGAGUAGAUUCAUCACAUUAUUGUCUGUGUGUAAAUAUCAUCAGAGCUUGGAAAGUGUUAAGAUGGUGACUCUACUGUAAAAUAUUCUCUUAUUUCUUUUCCUUUGGAAUGGCAAAAUAUUGGCAAACUUUGUUUGGGUGAA